CUUUACUCACUUCACUUAAUGAAUCUUGCGCUCAAAAAAAUCAAUUAUCACCAGAUACCCAGUCCUGCCAUUGAACUCUCCACUUUCCACUUCAUACACUGCAAGUGAAGAUGGUUUUCCAAACUCCCAUCCGACGACUAAACUACCCGGCCUACAAGAGCCCCUACGGACCUAAGUACCACUACCAACCGAACAUCGCAGGAUGGACCGUCAAGGAAUUCGCCAAUCUCGGCUUUAAAGCCGGCGCUUUCGGCGGCGUCGCCUUCUUCGCCCUCAUCUUUUACGCCUCGGGCAUCCCCCGCGUAAAGAAGGACAUCCUACAAAAGAUUCCCAUCAUCGGCGAGCACUUCGUCACGGUGAUCCCGCCAUCCGAUAACCCCUUCUAAAUAACCAGCCAUCACUGCCCAGUAUUGUUUUCGUACCAGUGACAGUUGGGUGGAAUUCGGGGUGUAGAAAGCAGCAAGGCGCGCGAUAUAGAACUUCAACUUCCGCAUUUUGAUUCUGUAACAAAAGGAAGAAAGAAAAAAGAAAGCAUCACCGCAUAAACCGAAUAGAUUUUUGUUGAACCACAGU